AUGUCCCAGCGCCUGCCAGAUGGUUCUGGGCACAGCUCUGCCCUCAGCACCGCUCCGGUGCUGACCCGCAGCAUCGCAGCCGUGCGUGAGCGGUCACAGAGCCUCACUGGGGAGCAGGGGGGCCGGUCCCAGGGGCAUGCUGCUCGCCCCCCUGCUCCGCCAGGUGCCUGGCCCCGACCCGAGCCCGCUGGAUCACUCCGCAGGACGCCUGAGCCCGAUGCUGGCAGCACCGAGAUUUGCAGGCAGGGCUUCGAGCCCAUCUCGCCGCCCCCCAGCAGCACUGCUGGCUCUACCUCCUACCCGGUGUAUUACGGCAUGGCAGCAGGCAAAGCCGAGCCUCUCAGCAAGGUCAAGGAGCUGCCGGAGGUGGUGGAGGGGAGCUCAGAGGAGGAGGACGUGGACCACGAGCUGGUGGAGAAGAAGCUACAGCUGAUCGAGAGCCUGAGCCGCAAGCUGGCAGUGCUGCGGGAGGCACAGCGGGGGCUGCAGGAGGACAUCAGUGCCAAUGGGGCACUGGGCGAGGAUGUGGCCGCCCGCCUGCAAGCCCUCUGCACCCCGGGGGAGUUUGACAAGUACCGCCUCUUCGUGGGUGACCUGGACAAGGUGGUCAACCUCCUGCUCUCCCUCUCGGGGCGCCUGGCCCGGGUGGAGACCGCCCUGGGCAGCCUGGGGCCGCACGCCCCCGCUGAGGACAAGGUGGCCCUGCGGGAGAAGCAGCGGCUGCUGGCGGCGCAGCUGGAAGAUGCCAAAGAGCUGAAGUAGCAGCGAGAGCUGGAGGAG